AUGGCGGUCAACUUCAACAGCUUUGUUUUUGCUGGCUUAGGGCUCGUCUGCGUCGGGACGAUUUACUGCAUUGCUCUCAUUACGCACCGCCUCGUCUUUUCCCCCCUUGCGGGUUUCCCAGGCCCAAAAUUUGCAGCUGCCACAGGCUGGGUAGAGUUUUACUAUGACUUCUUCAAACGAGGAGCGUAUAUUUAUGAGAUUGAGAAGAUGCAUAAGAAAUAUGGGCCGAUAGUUCGUAUUAACCCUGAGGAACUCUCUCUGCAUGAUCCUGCCUUUUACGAUGAGAUAUAUUGCGUUGCAUCAAAACGCCGAACAGACAAUUACAGCCACAUCGGGAAGGGAAUAGAUUUUGAUGGUUCCCACUUCCUCACAACAGCCCAUGAUCAUCACAGACUGCGCAGAAAGCCUCUGGAACCGUACUUUUCCAGAGGGGGAGUUAUGCGCCUGGAGCCAAUUCUACACGAAGCCGUCCAGAAAUUAGAGAAACGCUUUACUGAAAAGAAGGGCAAAUGUGCCGUUGUACGGUUAGACCAUGCAUUUACGGCCUUCACGGGCGAUGUUAUAGGCACAGUAUGCUGCGAAGAAAGGGAGCAGUUUUUAGAUGACCCUGAGUUUGCCCCGUAUUGGUAUAAACUGCUUCAUACGGUCAUUAAGUCGAUACCGCUUUUCAUGGGACUUCCGUGGCUUAUCAAUAUCGUAUCUCUACUCCCCGAGUCAAUCGUUGUAUGGAUUGACCCACGAAGCAAGAAGUUUAUAGAUUACAAAAAUAUGACGAACCGACAUAUCGAGAUUGCGAAAGACCGCAAGUUUCAUAGCAUCAAAAUUGGGUCGAGACCUUCACUUCUGACUUAUUUGGUGAACAGCGAGUUACCCAGUUCUGAACUUACAGUGGAGCGUCUAAGCAAAGAGGCUCAGGUUCUGCUCGGAGCUGGUACCGUCAGUACCGCUCGAACGCUCGACUUCAUCUGUUACUAUGUCCUCGCGAAUGAAGACAUCCAUUGCAAGCUCCGAGAUGAGCUGGCAGAUAUUAUGACAAAUUAUCCAGCGCAAAUCCCUUCAUUUGUUCAGCUUGAGAGGUUACUGUCGGUUUAUCUACGUCUAGGUCGCUAG